AUGCCGCAACGACUCAAACUCGACCAAGGAUGGUUCCUGCAACAAGCGGGCGAUGAUGACAGCACCGAACACGAGAGAUUAUCAGUUCCCUCUGUCCCAACCGACGUUUAUCAGGUUCUGCUGGCCCACGACAAGAUCGCCGACCCCGUCCAGGAUCUCAAUGAGCUCUCCGUCAGGUGGAUUGCAGACAAGCAGUGGAUAUACACCACCAAGCUCCGCAUUGACACAUUGGCAGUCAAGAAUGGCGAAAGGGUCGACUUGGUCUUUGAAGGCCUCGACACCUUUGCGACGGUGCGUCUCGACGGGCAGGUAAUCUUGGAGGCCGGAAACAUGUUCCUGUCGUACCGCUGCAACAUCAAUCGCCUCGUGUGCAAGGACGAGCCUAACGAUGAACACGAACUGGAAAUCACCUUUGCAUCUGCCCGACUGCGAGGCCAGGAGCUGGUCGAGGAGCACAAGCACGAGCAUCGCUUCAUUGCUCGGCAGAGCGAGGACAGUCGCAUUCCGGUACGAAAGGCUCAGUAUCACUGGGGAUGGGAUUGGGGUCCGAUUCUCUCGGGAACGUCUGGGCCAUGGCGUCCAGUAUAUCUCGAGUACUAUUCCACCAAGAUUAAUGAUUUGUGGGCUGAGUAUACUUUUGGAGCAGAUGGGAACUGCAUUGGCUAUUUAUAUUGCGAGACCCGAUGCUCACAAAUUGGCAGUAGAAUUUUGUUCUCAAUCUCUUGCGAUGACGAUGAGGUCUGCCAAGUGGAGUGCGAGCAAACGGACCGAGAUGACGCUGAUUCGUUCGGUUGUCGCUUUGUAAUUCUAUCCCCUAAGCUUUGGUAUCCUUUCUCGCAUGGACCACAGCCGCGCUACAAAAUCUCAGCCACUCUCGUCCAAGAAGGUGUCAUCAUUGAUCAAUCAUCUAAACUCAUCGGUCUCCGCAAAGUUGAGCUCAUCCAGGAACCAGAUGACUUUGGCAAGUCCUUCUACUUUCGCAUCAAUGAUGUUGAUGUGUUUGUGGGAGGCUCCUGCUGGAUUCCGGCUUCAAAUCAUCUCUCAUCUCUGACGCGAGAUCAGUAUCAUGAUUGGAUCCAGCUACUGAGGGAUGGAAACCAAAACAUGAUCAGAGUUUGGGGUGGAGGUAUAUACGAAGAUGAUGCAUUCUAUGAUGCUUGUGACGAGCUGGGAGUCCUUGUCUGGCAAGACUUCUGCUUCGCCUGCGGCAACUAUCCUACUUAUCCCUCCUUUCGAUCCUCGGUGGAAAGUGAAGCAUUUCAGAACCUGCUACGACUCAGAAACCACCCUUCCUUGGUCAUUUGGGCCGGCAGCAAUGAGGAUUAUCAAGUACAAGAGAGGUACAAGUUGGAAUACAACUACGACGACAAGGAUCCAAGAUCAUGGUUGAAGACCGAUUUCCCGGCACGAUAUUACUACGAAUACUUUUUCCCAAAUCUUGUUAAACGGCAUAACCCAGGCGCUGUCUACCACCCCACCAGUCCAUGGGGCGAUGGCAAGAGGAGCGAUGAUCCCACCGUGGGCGACAUACAUCAGUGGAAUAUUUGGCAUGGAACCAUGGAAAAGUAUCAAUACAGCGAGAAGCUCUGCGGUCGCCUUGUCAGUGAAUUCGGCAUGGUAGCUUACCCACACUUGGAAACCAUCCAAUCUGUGAUCACAUCUCCCGAACAAAGACACCCGGGAUCCGUGAUCAUGGAUUUCCACAACAAGGCCAUUGGCCAUGAACGUCGCCUGAUGAGCUACAUUGCCGAGAACUUUCAAGUCAAGUAUGAUCUUGCCGCUUUCAUCCACCUUUCGCAGAUUGUCCAGGCAGAGGCCAUGGCGUAUGCGUACAAGGCUUGGCGAAAGUCAUGGGGAGUGAAAUCUCACAGAGGCUGCGGCGGGGUCCUAGUAUGGCAGCUCAAUGAUUGUUGGCCGACCAUCUCUUGGGCCAUCGUAGACCAUUAUCGUGUCAAGAAGCCUGCUUAUUAUUCAAUUCAGCGGGCUCUGGCUCCUUGUGCUGUAGGCAUCUCGAGGACUUGUCAUGAUUGGUCUCAGACUCACAUGAAUGCCAUGCUGGAUCUUGGCCACGUAGAUCCUACCAAGGAUGCUAGGACGGAUACAGAGUACGAAGUAUGGGUAGUGAACGAUCGUCAGGAACCCAUCAACUUCGAAGUCGAAAUCCGGUUCAUAUCAGUGAAGACUGGCGCUGAUGUACUCCCAGUCAUCCACAAAUAUCUACUGGCGGGAGCCAAUUGCACAAGCACUGUGGUGAAAACGAGCAUCGGUCCACUCAACCCUGAUCUUGAGGAUAGUUCAACGCCGUUCGACUUGAGCAAGUAUGAUCCCUAUGUCAUCCAUGCCACUCUAAAGCACGUUGAUCAAGAAGAGAUUCUGUCCAGCGACGCUGCCUGGCCACAGCCCUUCAAGUACCUCGACUUUACAGGAGAACGUCUCAGUAUGGAAACAUCUCGUAUCAGUAACGAGGAGCUACAAGUCCACGUAAAUGCCUCCCAUCCAGUCAAGGGUCUUGUCUUUGAAGAGCGGCGCGGCUUGACUUUGAGCUCAAAUAAUUUUGAUGUCAUACCGGGCGCUCUCGAAAUCGUCGUCGUUAUCAAGGGCUCAGAUCUGACGGAUGUGCGGUAUACUUACAUCGGUGCACCAUCAGGAUCGAUACAGCUUAAUACUGGUGCCAUUUGA